UUACAUGUAUGAAAAAUGACCACAUGUAUCUACAACAGCGUGUCUUCUCUCUCUCAGUUUGGUGUGAUUUUUGCUGGUGCGCAGAAGAACGUGGGCUCUGCUGGGGUCACGGUAGUGAUCGUCCGCGAUGACCUGCUGGGGUUCGCACUCCAAGAGUGCCCCUCGAUCCUGGAAUACAAAGUACAGGCUGGGAACAGCUCCUUGUACAACACGCCUCCAUGCUUCAGCAUCUACGUCAUGGGCUUGGUCCUGGAGUGGAUUAAGAACAAUGGCGGUGCAGGAACCAUGGAGAAGCUCAGCACCAUCAAAUCGCAGAUGAUUUAUGAUGUUAUUGAUAAUUCUCAAGGAUUCUAUGUAUGUCCAGUGGAGCCCAAGAGUAGAAGCAAGAUGAAUAUUCCAUUCCGCAUUGGCAAUGCCAAAGGAGACGAUGCUUUAGAAAAAAGGUUUCUUGAUAAAGCUCUUGAACUCAAUAUGAUCUCCUUGAAAGGGCAUAGGUCUGUGGGAGGCAUCCGGGCCUCUCUGUAUAAUGCCGUCACGAUUGAGGAUGUUCAGAAGCUGGCGGCCUUCAUGAAGAACUUUCUGGAGAUGCAUCAGCUAUGAACACAUCUUAACCAGUGUAUACUCUGCCCUUGAACAGUGUAUAACGUUUAAAGUAACUUGGGAAUGGCGACAGAAACUUAGUGAACACGGUAUUUUUCUCGAGUGAACGUGCUUAUUAUAGAUGCCGUUUUUCAAAGAACAACAACAAAACAUCCACAGCUCUGCAGAGCUGGUGGGACUUAACGGCCCCCACCUUAAUUCUGACUUGAACUGGAAGUUUGUUUUUUUUUUUAAUCUUCCUUUAGCUUUUCUAGCGAAUUCCGGCUAACUUUGUCUUUGCUGCUACUUUUUCUAGCUAGAUCUCAGUAUUCAAACUUGCCUGUGGACUUAAUUAUGCACAUUGAAGUUGCUUGUUUCUGGAGACACACAAACACAGCAUGGAGGCUGGGUGGGGACCUCUGGGUGCUGAAUCUUGAUCCUUUCCACAGUGACAGCAGUGGGGUCUCCUGGGUUCUGCACCUGUUAAUUCAGGUCCACACUGCCUGUGUGGUGAGUGUUUUGGGGUUCCAGGCUGAAGGGCAAGCUGGGGGAUCUUUCUUUAUCCUGUUCUUCUCAUAAAGAGAUAAAAUUGACAUACGCUAUGUUCAUAUAGCAAAGUCUGUUUUUAAUACCAAAUAGUUUAUAUCUCUAUGCAAUCUGUUUCUAAUAAUAUGGUUCUUGGUGAUGCAUGUAGAGACUUAAGAGAAUUUGUUAGAAUCCUUGACCUCACAUAUGAUGCGUUAACCCUUUCAGUGGUGUCUCUCCCCUCCCCCUUCCCUCUUCAAAAAACUGCUUCACCAGAUUUCGAAGUUCCCUGAUUCCCUUUUACGUUCCUUUUAGUGGGUAGAAGGUUGGUUGGUUGCCCUUUGUUCUUUAUUUUUCAGUUAGGCUGUUAAAUUAAAAUUCUCUGUUAAACUCCCUUCUUGUUGGUUCACUUGACAGUUCUCUUUAUAGUGUUUGACCAGUGGUGCUGUGAGUUCCGGAAGAUCUUUGCUGAAGAGUCUUUUCCCUCUUGUUUAUCCAUUGUCAGUAUUUUCUCUUGACUGUGUGGAGGACAUGAAAGUCCUAAAACAUCUAAACCUUUGUCAAUAAAUUUCUUUACCUGCUAUGUA